AUGGAAUGCCUAAUUUGUUAUUCCAAUCUAGAUGAUAGUAAUAGUGUUGAAUAUCAGGUUUAUGAGAAUUCUUCUUGGUAUUUAUCCAAGUACUGUGAAUCUAUUAAAAAUACAAAGUGUUUAAAGGAACAACGAGCUCUACUUCAGCGUGGACCACCAGUACGUUACUUGAUUUUUAUUAUUGAUUAUUCAAUAAACUUAAUAAUUUUUUGCUAUAUCAACCAGAUUAAUGUCCGGGAUAUUCAUGGAUUUCCUGAAUGUCAUGAUAAUGAAGUAUUUUCACUAUGUAACUCAAAAACUAGAGAUAACAUAGAUCCUAAAUUGGAUGGAUCACUAAUUGGAGAUGAAAGAAUAAAAUUUUGGAAUGAACUGAAACAAUUUAUUAGUAAAGAGGAUAUGCCUGAGGAAAUAAGUAACGAAUCAAAUUAA